UCUAGUCACUUCCUGCCUUGUGACUGCACACCCGGGUUUGACAAAGUUGUUCUGCAGAUCAGAAAGAAGGGGGUUUCUGGUCACACGCCAUUACCACUGAGGACAGUUUCUCUACAAGAUCUGCUGCCUAAAGCAAUAAAAAUGGCCAGAGGAUCAGUGUCCGAUGAAGAAAUGAUGGAGCUCAGAGAAGCUUUUGCCAAAGUUGAUACCGACGGCAAUGGGUACAUCAGCUGCAAUGAGUUGAAUGACUUGUUCAAGGCUGCUUGCUUGCCUCUGCCUGGGUACAGAGUGAGAGAAAUCACAGAAAACCUGAUGGCUACAGGCGAUCUAGACCAGGAUGGGAGGAUCAGCUUUGAUGAGUUUAUCAAGGUUUUUCAUGGCCUAAAAAGCACAGAGGUUGCCAAGACCUUUAGAAAGGCAAUCAACAAGAAGGAAGGGAUCUGUGCAAUUGGCGGUACUUCGGAGCAGUCUAGUGUCGGCACCCAGCACUCCUAUUCAGAGGAAGAGAAGUAUGCCUUUGUCAACUGGAUAAACAAAGCCCUGGAGAAUGACCCCGACUGUCGACAUGUUAUUCCAAUGAAUCCAAACACAAAUGAUCUCUUCAGUGCCGUUGGGGAUGGCAUUGUCCUUUGUAAAAUGAUCAACCUAUCAGUGCCAGAUACAAUUGAUGAAAGGACAAUCAACAAAAAGAAACUCACCCCCUUCACCAUUCAGGAGAAUUUGAACCUGGCUCUGAAUUCUGCCUCAGCCAUUGGAUGCCAUGUGGUUAACAUUGGGGCUGAGGACUUAAAGGAGGGGAAGCCUUAUCUGGUCCUGGGACUUUUGUGGCAAGUCAUCAAGAUUGGAUUGUUUGCUGACAUCGAACUCAGUAGAAAUGAAGCUCUGAUUGCUCUUUUGAGAGAAGGGGAGAGUCUGGAGGACUUGAUGAAACUCUCCCCUGAGGAGCUCCUGCUGAGGUGGGCUAACUACCACCUGGAGAACGCAGGCUGCAACAGGCUCAGCAACUUCAGUACUGACAUCAAGGACUCAAAAGCUUAUUACCACCUGCUUGAGCAGGUGGCUCCAAAAGGAGAUGAAGAAGGUAUUCCUGCUGUUGUUAUUGACAUGUCAGGACUAAGGGAGAAGGAUGACAUCCAGAGGGCAGAAUGCAUGUUGCAGCAGGCCGAGAGGCUGGGGUGCCGGCAGUUUGUCACGGCCACCGAUGUUGUCCGAGGGAACCCCAAGUUGAACUUGGCUUUCAUUGCCAACCUUUUUAACAGAUAUCCUGCCCUUCACAAGCCAGAGAACCAGGACAUCGACUGGGGGGCUCUUGAAGGUGAGACGAGGGAAGAGCGGACAUUUAGGAACUGGAUGAAUUCCUUGGGCGUUAACCCUCGAGUCAAUCACUUGUACAGUGACUUAUCAGAUGCCCUGGUCAUCUUCCAGCUCUAUGAAAAGAUUAAAGUCCCUGUUGAUUGGAACAGAGUAAACAAACCACCAUACCCCAAACUGGGGGGCAACAUGAAGAAGCUUGAAAAUUGUAACUAUGCAGUGGAGUUGGGGAAGAAUCAAGCUAAGUUCUCCCUGGUUGGCAUCGGGGGACAAGAUCUCAAUGAAGGAAACCGCACUCUAACAUUAGCCUUGAUUUGGCAGUUAAUGAGAAGGUACACGUUGAAUAUUCUUGAAGAAAUUGGAGGCGGGCAGAAGGUCAAUGACGACAUUAUUGUCAACUGGGUGAAUGAAACACUGAAGGAAGCGGCAAAAAGUUCAUCCAUCUCUAGUUUCAAGGAUCCAAAGAUUAGCACAAGUCUGCCUGUUCUGGAUCUCAUUGAUGCCAUUCAGCCAGGUUCCAUCAACUAUGACCUUCUGAAGACAGAAAACCUGAAUGAUGACGAGAAACUCAACAAUGCAAAGUAUGCCAUUUCUAUGGCCCGAAAAAUUGGUGCCAGAGUGUAUGCCCUUCCAGAAGACCUGGUCGAAGUGAACCCCAAAAUGGUCAUGACAGUGUUUGCUUGCCUCAUGGGGAAAGGAAUGAAGAGGGUGUAAAUCCCAGUGGGGAGGCGACACGCACGUUCCUGAUUGCUCAGCCUGGGAUGCCUACAGGAAGCAUGAGGAUGAUUGAAGCCAUUCCAGAGUUUUCAACUUGGUGACAUUAUAUAGGAUUCCAAAAAGUGUAUGUUUGUUAAGCCAGGUAGCCUUUCCUGUAUUUAACAAAAAUGCUUCGUUCUUUGCAAACGAACAGACAAAACCCUCUUACAAAUCUUUGUUAUCGUUGAAUUUAUUGCUUCUUGAAAAUCUAGAGGAAAAGGAAAAAAAAAACUUAUCUUCCAGGCACCCUUCCUGCUUUUGCCAUUAGUCAAGUAUAGUAGCUGCAGUGUUAUUAAUUUUAACAAUAUUUCAAAGCAGUUUAAUUUGGCUGCCUUUUUUGUUCAAGGUGAGAGCCAGGAGGGGGGACUCAUCCAACCAGUCCUAAAGCCUGUUUCUGGAGGCCAGCAUUUGCUCUGUUCCAGGCCUCUCCUCCUGCUCCCCUUCUCCUACAGUCUUGUCAGAACUACGCCUUCUCUGUGGCCCACCUCUGCUGUCCAUCCUCAUGUUUGAGCAUCUGACAGAUCAGUCAGGCUGUUGGGGUCCCAAGAGUCAGUGGUGACUUGCAGAAGUAAGACAUCCUCAGAGCCUCUCCUCAGAACUUGUGUCCCAAAUGUCGUAAGUUUUGGUUUUAUCAGCCAAUAGGAAGCUUCUGUUUUUUAACUCUACUAUUUGGGCUCAGACCAGGUCUAACAUCUUGAAUACUGUGCCUUCAGAGAGAUUCUUUUUUAACUAGGCAGGUUACAUCCAAGGAAGGUGUAAUUGAGUAUCAUACCACUAGGGGGCAGUGUGGAGCCACAACAAAGCCUCUAUCCUUCCAGGUCCUGCCUCGCCGCCCGUUUAGUCCUGCAUGCUAGAUCUCCUUGUGGUGUAUGGCUAACUAUCUGGUGACUGGAAGCAAUUCAGCUCGACUUUCAUUUGCUCUUAGAUCUUAGUACAUCUGAUUGCUGCAGGCCAUAUUCUCAAUGUUUACUUUUUUGGUAGUGUAGAAGCUUUUGCCACCCCCAAGCUCAAGGGGGCAACAUGUGCCAAUGAACAGUGCCCCCACCACACCCCCUGACAUCCCCCCCCGCCACAGAGUCAUAUACAUAUGACAUUUAAGAAUUCUGAAACAAAACCAGAGGAGCAGUGUGAAUUUGAGCAGCCGUAAUAGAUGAUAUGAUCUCCGUGAAAACCUACCUAAGGCUAAGAAGAAACAGAGCCUUGUGAACCAACACUAGACUGCCUCCGUCACGGUAACAGGGCUCAUCAAUGAGGUAUCCUCUUCAGGGACGGCAUGUAAUGGAACUUAGCCAUUUUUCAAAGCAAUUGAGAUGACUCGCCCUGGAUCUAUUCCUCCGCAGCACGUUCGAGAAGCCAGUCUGUGGCCUCUCCUAGCUCAUGAUCUGUAUUUCUGCUGUAUCUGAAUACAAAGUGGUUGGCUUCAUCUUAGACUGAAUUUAAUGUAGCCUCAGAUGAUUCUCCCCCACCUGCCUCCAGGAAGACUGUUAACUGCCUUAAUGGAAAAUGAAGAUAAAGUAAUGCUCAAGAUCUCUCCAAAUAAAAUGUUCCCUUUAUGA